AUGGACAAGGCCCGCGAGCUCGAGACGUCGUUGGAGAAGAGCCUCGAAGAGACCAAGCAGGACGUCAUCGAUGGCGACAUCGACACGACCGACACCAACGCCCGUUACCUCGGCUACCUCGCCCGCCUCCGACCAGUCCUCAUCUCGUCCUCCCGCUACCUCGCCUACUCGUCCGACGUCGGCGAGUCGUUCCGCCCCGUCGUCGCGCCUCUGGCCGUCACGGCCGCGUACGGCAUCUCGUGGGCCUACGUGACGGGCGACACGGCGUACGAGGGGUACAAGGCGUGGUUGCGCGCCAAGGAGCUCGCGCCCGACGCGAUUGGCAGCGUCGUCGGCUUGACGUGCGCCAAGCGCGCCGUGUUCCAAGCAACGGCCUCGAUGCUGCUCCCCUCGCUCACGAUUCACUCGAUCGUCAAGUACUCGGCGGUCGCCAUCAAGCGGUGGGGCGUCCAGAACGUCCGCGUCCGGCAGUGGUUGCCUUCCGCCCUCGGCCUCGGCUUCAUCCCGUUCCUCCCCGCCCUGUUCGACGAGCCCGUCGAGGGCUACGUCGACACGACGUUCGACCGCCUCGAGCGCAAGCUGUACCCGGACGAGACGUCGCCCGUCCGCCGCGCGCUCGAGGCCGGCAAGCACCACACGCAGGAGCUGCACGCGCAGGCCGAGAAGGAGAAGGCCGAGUAG